UGAAGCCUGGUUCGGCGCGCCGGAGCCUGCAAGCCGCAUUGCGAGCGGAGGAAGGAGCAGGCGCCAUGGUUCUGCUGCACGUGCUGUUCGAACAUGCGGUCGGCUACGCACUGCUGGCGCUCAAGGAAGUGGAGGAGAUCAGCCUGCUGCUGCCGCAGGUAGAGGAGUGUGUGCUCAACCUGGGCAAAUUUCACAACAUCGUUCGUCUCGUGGCCUUUUGUCCGUUUUCCUCAUCCCAGGUUGCCUUGGAAAAUGCCAAUGCUGUGUCCGAAGGUGUUGUUCAUGAGGACCUUCGCUUGCUCCUGGAAACAUAUUUGCCGUCUAAAAAGAAAAAAGUACUCCUGGGAGUUGGGGACCCCAAGAUUGGUGCUGCUAUACAAGAGGAGUUAGGGUACAACUGUCAGACUGGAGGUGUAAUAGCUGAGAUCCUUCGAGGAGUUCGUCUGCACUUCCAUAAUCUUGUGAAGGGCCUAACUGAUGUAUCUGCUUGUAAAGCCCAGCUAGGGCUUGGACACAGCUAUUCCCGUGCUAAAGUUAAGUUUAAUGUGAACCGGGUGGAUAACAUGAUCAUCCAGUCCAUCAGCCUCCUGGACCAGCUGGAUAAAGACAUCAAUACCUUCUCUAUGCGUGUCAGGGAGUGGUAUGGGUAUCAUUUUCCAGAACUGGUAAAGAUCAUCAAUGACAAUGCCACAUACUGCCGCCUUGCCCAGUUCAUUGGAAACCGCAAGGAGUUAAAUGAGGAGAAGUUGGAGAAGCUGGAGGAGCUAACAAUGGAUGGGGCCAAGGCUAAGGCCAUUCUGGAUGCCUCGCGGUCCUCCAUGGGCAUGGACAUAUCUGCUAUCGACUUGAUUAACAUCGAGAGCUUCUCCAGUCGUGUGGUGUCUUUAUCAGAGUACCGCCAGAGCCUACACACUUACCUGCGCUCCAAGAUGAGCCAAGUAGCCCCCAGCCUGUCAGCCCUAAUUGGGGAAGCGGUAGGUGCGCGUCUCAUUGCACAUGCUGGCAGCCUCACCAACCUGGCCAAGUACCCAGCAUCCACAGUACAGAUCCUUGGGGCUGAAAAGGCCCUGUUCAGAGCCCUGAAGACAAGGGGUAACACACCAAAAUAUGGACUCAUUUUCCACUCCACCUUCAUCGGCCGAGCAGCCGCCAAGAACAAAGGACGCAUCUCUCGAUACCUGGCAAACAAAUGCAGUAUUGCAUCACGAAUUGAUUGCUUCUCUGAGGUGCCCACAAGUGUAUUUGGGGAGAAGCUUCGGGAACAAGUUGAGGAGCGGCUAUCAUUCUAUGAGACUGGAGAGAUUCCACGGAAGAAUCUAGAUGUCAUGAAGGAAGCAGUGGUUCAGGCAGAGGAAGCGGCUGCUGAGAUCACCAGGAAACUGGAGAAACAGGAGAAGAAGCGCUUAAAGAAGGAAAAAAAGCGGCUGGCUGCACUGGCCCUGGCAUCUUCAGAAAACAACAGUAGUACACCAGAAGAGUGUGAGGAACAAGAUAGGUGCUGAGAGAACUUGAUCAAGAGCCCAGAGAGCUGUUUGUAGCACAUGCCCAUUCCCUGGGCAAGUGUGCUCGGUCCUCGGCUACCUCCCAGGAGUCCUCAACCGGGGGUAGUGUGAAUUCCUGCUCUCCUUGUUCUCGGAGUCAAAGGGGAUAUAGUGUCUGUCUCCCAAUGGGGAUGGGGGCAGGGAGGUCUCCAGAAUGACAGUGCAGAACUGCCCGUCCAAGGGUUUUCAUCUCAUUAGUGAUUCCAUUCAUGUCUCCUCCGAUAUAGGAAAAAGUGGUUUUUCUAUAGGUUGCUUAGUGAGGCAAAGUCUCUUGCUCCUAUUAGGAGCAGCUUUGAGUAGAUUACCAGGCUGUACUCAUAACAAUUAGUCACUCCAGAAGCACUGGACAGUCUGUUCUUCUACCUGAUUCUCAUGGGGAGUGUGGAUGUACACACCCUGAUUAACACUGUUCUAACCCUGAUCCCCUUUAGGAGACAUGUGAAAAACCUAAAAA